CCACUCUGGGCUAGUACUCCCACUCUGGGUGGUUGUCAGGAUGAGUGAGUUCAUACAGGUCUCAAGAGGGUAGGCGAGAUACAAAUAUUUGCUGUACGGCUGCGGAGAGGACACAGAGGAGGGGAAAAGAUUGCAGCGUCUGUUUAGUUUCCUUCGGGUCUGAUGAGCUGCACCUUCUUCCUGGCAGCGAAUGGUCUCUAUUCUUCCAGCGAUGAUGUGAUUGAACUAACUCCAUCAAAUUUCAACCGAGAAGUUAUUCAAAGUGCUAGCUUGUGGCUUGUAGAAUUCUAUGCUCCAUGGUGUGGCCACUGCCAGAGGUUGACACCAGAAUGGAAGAAAGUAGCAACUGCAUUAAAAGAUGUUGUAAAAGUUGGUGCAGUUGAUGCAGAUAAACAUCAGUCUCUAGGAGGUCAGUACGGCGUUCAGGGAUUUCCUACCAUUAAGAUUUUUGGCUCCAACAAAAACAGACCAGAAGAUUAUCAGGGUGGCAGAACUGGUGAAGCCAUCGUAGAUGCUGCCCUCAGUGCCCUGCGCCAGCUCGUCAAGGACCGCCUUGGGGGAAGGGGUGGCGGAUAUAGUUCUGGAAAGCAGGGUAGGAGUGAGAGUUCAAGCAAGAAGGAUGUCAUUGAGCUGACGGACGACAGCUUUGAUAAGAAUGUCCUUGACAGUGACGAUGUUUGGAUGGUUGAAUUCUAUGCUCCUUGGUGUGGACACUGCAAAAACCUCGAGCCAGAAUGGGCUGCUGCAGCUACAGAGGUGAAAGAGCAAACGAAGGGAAAAGUGAAGCUCGCAGCUGUGGAUGCCACAGGUAACCAGCUUCUAGCCAGCCGAUAUGAGAUUAGGGGAUUUCCUACAAUCAAGAUAUUUCAGAAGGGAGAGUCUCCUGUGGAUUAUGAUGGGGGGCGGACACGAUCUGACAUCGUCUCCCGGGCCCUGGAUUUGUUUUCUGAGAAUGCCCCCCCUCCUGAGCUGCUGGAGAUCAUCAGUGAGGACAUCGCCAAGAAGACGUGUGAGGAGCACCAGCUCUGUGUCGUGGCCGUGCUGCCCCACAUUCUGGAUACCGGAGCUGCUGGCAGAAAUUCUUACUUAGACGUUCUUCUGAAGUUGGCGGACAAAUACAAAAAGAAAAUGUGGGGGUGGCUGUGGACCGAGGCUGGAGCCCAGUCGGAACUUGAAAACGCGUUGGGGAUUGGAGGAUUUGGAUACCCUGCCAUGGCAGCCAUUAAUGCACGCAAGAUGAAAUUUGCUCUUCUAAAAGGUUCUUUUAGCGAGCAAGGCAUUAAUGAGUUUCUCAGGGAGCUCUCGUUCGGGCGGGGCUCUACAGCACCUGUAGGAGGUGGGGCCUUCCCUGCCAUCAGCGCCAGAGAGCCCUGGGACGGCAAGGAUGGCGAGCUUCCCGUGGAAGACGACAUUGACCUCAGUGACGUGGAGCUGGAGGAUUUGGAACGAGAUGAGCUGUGAGAGGCUUGGCACAGACUUCAGUUUUCUUUUCUUGGGAGCAAAUUUCCCCAGCAGUGAAGGAACAUUCUUCACAAUCAGAUGAGUCUACCGGUGGCCUUUUUAACGAAGAAGUAGCACUUGAUUGGUCAUGUGAAAACACUGCAACAGUGAACUUUGCAUCUCAAGAAAACAAUGAAAAAUUCUAUGAAUUGUUGUAGCCAGUGAAAUUGGGUUGUAUUCUAUCAGGUAAUAUUUUGAGGAAAACUGAUGGGCUGUUGAUGUAUUUUUCCCUCCCUCUGACUGCUGCUUGAAUGUUCUUGGAGGCUGUUUCUUACAUAUUAAGUUUUUUAAUGUGAUUCUUUCAUUUGAAUAUUAAUGGCUUUUUUCCAUUAAAAAAAUAAAAUAUUUUGGACAAUGCCAAUAAAUGUAUGAAAUUAGUGUCCCCAUCAUAAAAUCAGAAUCCAGUGUUUAGCCAGUAAGUUAAUAUAAUGAAGGGAUGACCCUGAUGUCUUCCCUCCCUAUAAACCUGUGACCCAGAGGGCACCAUCGGGAGGCUUGCCACAACACAGAUUUCACCUGCGUCCUGCAAGGCCAAGUUCCAGCUGCGAGAUGUGACCCGUACAGGGAGUUUAGAGAAAGGGCGAAAGCAAUGGGCGGUCAGUUGAGAACUGCCUUUCGUGCCCCCGCCCCGGAUUUUGUCUUUCGGCCAUCCCCAGUGACCGUUAGGAAAUACGGCUGAUUAUGCUGUUAGCUCAGGAUUUAACGUGCUUCCCCCGCCCUCACGAGAUGGCCGUUAAGACCCGAAUUAAGGCACCCAGGUUACUGACUCCCAGGUGGGCCCUGUUUAUGUUAAGUGCAGUUCGCAUUAUGUUCUAAGAGACAAUUCAAAGGACUGAGCGUUUCUUUAUUGUAACUUAAAAAAAAUAAAUACAACUGUAACGAA